CAGCCAAAUUAAAGCGGCAGGCACCAGUCUCGCACCAGACAGACCCGCUCCAAGUUCGACGCCUGCCCGGCACUGUCAAGCACCCGCAGAAUAUAUACAGAUAUAGAUACGCCUCUAUUUGAGCAGUAAUAAGCAUUUAAUAGGCAGCUGUUUGCAGUAACGACCGAUUCGGAGCUAAAAUAUGAGAUUGGUUAUAUUGGAAACGAGCCAAUCGGUUGGCAAGUGGGCAGCCAAGUAUGUGAUGAAGCGCAUCAAUGACUUCCAGCCGGGUCCGAACAGAUACUUUGUACUGGGCCUGCCUACUGGCUCUACCCCGCUGGGAAUGUACAAGGAGCUCAUUGAAUUCCACAAGCAGGGAAAGGUCUCCUUUCAGUAUGUAAAGACCUUCAACAUGGAUGAGUACGUGGGUCUCCCCAGAGAUCACCAGGAGAGCUAUCACUUCUUUAUGUGGCACAACUUCUUCAAGCACAUUGAUAUAGAACCACAAAAUGUCCAUAUAUUGAAUGGAAAUGCUCCCGAUCUGGUGGCCGAGUGCAACAAGUUCGAAGAGCAGAUCAAGGAGGCCGGCGGCGUGGAGCUGUUUAUUGGCGGCAUUGGUCCUGAUGGUCACAUCGCCUUCAAUGAGCCGGGAUCGUCGCUGGUCUCACGUACGCGUGUGAAGACCCUGGCGCAGGAUACGCUGGAAGCGAAUGCCCGGUUCUUCGACAACGACAUGAGCAAGGUGCCCAAGCAGGCUCUCACAGUUGGCGUUGGCACUGUGAUGGACUCUAAGGAGGUGAUGAUUCUCAUUACGGGCGCCCACAAAGCCUUUGCCCUGUACAAGGCCAUCGAGGAGGGCGUCAACCAUAUGUGGACGGUCAGCGCCUUCCAGCAGCAUGCCAACACACUGAUGAUCUGCGACGAGGAUGCCACGCUGGAGCUGCGUGUCAAGACUGUGAAGUACUUCAAGAGCCUGAUGGAUGUGCAUUCCAAGUUAAUAGAGCAACAGAAGACGACGUAACCUUCGAACCUUCAUUCCUUUUAGGAGGAAUUAUAUUUGGACAGGAUCUACAAAAAAGAUCAACAUUUUAUCAACUUGCUUAGACAUUUAAGAUGAAACUAAAAUCUGUAAAAGUUUAACUGCCGUGUAAAUUGUCCAGAAAUCUGUAAUCUGUUUUUUUUUUAUGUAUUCCUAAUUAUUUUUAAAAUUUUUUA